CACUGGGAAGAAAAAAAGCUAGUUGACGUGCCGAAGGGAAUCAAUAAUGGAGGGAGAACCUGUAAAUCCGUCCGUUUGCAUUCUGUGUGGGGAAGAGUUUGGGUCCCUGCAGUCAUACAAGACCAGGUGUGGCCACGAAUUUCAUAAAGCUUGCAUCGUCCCCUACUCGAAGGAAAAUGCUAAAUGUCCCAGAUGUGGAAGAGUCACUUUUGAGUUGCAAGGCGGCGCAUCGGUUUCGGGCACGCAAACCGCCAAACAGCAGGCAGGAAGCAAAGAAAAAGCUUCAGGCACCCCAGCGACGGGAUCAGCAAAUAAUAAUCCAGGUUCAGCUUCAGUUGAUGGCGGGAAUAUAGGAAUCAUGAUUACCCAAGCAGUGCGAGCCAUGCAAAACGACCUUUUAACCCAGUUGUCGGAGCAGAUGGCGCAAAUAAUACAAACCAAUGUCGCUGCUCAUCUUCAACUGACUGGCCGGGAUCAACACACUCGAAAUAUAGCUCCAGACCAUAGUUCGCAGGGUCAGGAAGCAGGCGGAGGCCGAGAAUCGGCAGGAUUUUACAGAGAGGGCAGAGACACUCCUAGAAGUUUAGCUUCCGAUCUGUCCCAAAGGCCGGACAAGGUCGUACACAUCAUGAAUGGUUGGAAGCUACGAUUUAGCGGGAAUGCGGAUGGAAUUAGCGCUGAUAAUUUUAUCUAUAGGGUAGAAGCUCUCACCCAUGCAACGCUGGAAAGCAACUUUGCGGUGCUAUGUAGCAACGCUAGCAUCCUCUUUGACGGAAAGGCUCGGGAAUUCUUUUGGAGGUUUCAUAAGUCAGUGGUAGUAGUCCGAUGGGAUGUGCUUUGUCAGGCAUUAAAGAAACAGUUCCGAGACACUCGCACGGAUGUGGACAUUCGAGAGGCGAUCAGGGACCGGAAGCAGAAAGAAAAGGAAGGGUUCGAUGCCUUUUAUGAUGCCAUAGUCCAGCUAAUGGAUAGUUUAGAGUCUCCCUUGUCAGAAAAGUCGGUGGUAGACAUACUGCGAAGAAAUUUGAGGCCCGAAGUAAGGCACGAGUUGCUCAAUAUAAAAAUAACUUCGGUUGGGGAGCUCAGGGAAAUAUGCAGACGAAGAGAGAAUUUCCUGGAGGACGUGAGACGGAAUUAUGGGUAUCAAAAGAGUGUCCCUUUCCGUAGGCAAGUAGCUGAGUUGGUGGAGGAGCACAUGUCUGAUGACGAAACGGAGUUUUCCGAAGGUGAGGGCGAAGCCGAAAUAGGAGCGUUGGCCUUGGUAUGCUGGAACUGCCAUAAGGAAGGACAUCGGUACCAGGAUUGCGAAUCCAAACGCAAGAUCUUUUGCUAUGGGUGUGGCAUUCCAAACAUUUACAAACCAGCUUGCGAAAAAUGUCAGAAAAAAAACGGCAUGGCGAGCACACAGCCUCGUCAGCUUCAGAGUGUGCGUCGCCAAAAAUCCGCGAACCCAGACGCCAGCCAGUAGAAAAUCAACACCAGGCAGUUAUAGAUACGAGCAUUCCAGUCCAGCCCGUCAGUACAGUAAAAACAAAUUUAUGGCAUAAUUUCAUUAAUUCUAAUUCCGAUGCAGAGGCUGUAGAAACACUGUUCCGUCGUAGAUCCAAUUCAAGACACUCCAAACGGAUGAGAUCAUUUUGGAAGGCAGCUAAGUCAAUAAAUGCGAUUAGAUACAAAGAGCUCGAUAAACGUCCGUACGCAGAGGUAAAAAUUUUUGAGCGGCCAGUGCUUGGGUUGUUAGAUACGGGGGCAGCGAUGAGUGUAGUUGGUGGGAAUUUGGCUAAACAAAUAAUUACCAGCAGGAUUCCAUUUAAACGGGGCAUCUCAGUUGCUCAUACUGCAGAUGGCAGGCGGCAGGAGGUUCUGGGUCGAUUGAGAACUCCAGUCACCUAUGAUAACGUCGUGAAGGAUUUGGAACUACAUAUCAUUCCGUCGCUUAGCCAGGACUUAUAUCUAGGAAUCGAUUUUUGGUCAACGUUCAAUUUAUUACCUCCGGAGAUGCAGGUAGCAGAAAUUUGUCAGGAAUCGCACGUACUAAUUCCAAGUCAGAAAGAGGAGUUGCAGAAGGUUGUGUCGGAAUUUCCAUCCUUUGCAGUCUCUGGUUUGGGUAGAACAUCGGUUUUGUCGCACUCCAUCGAUGCAGGAGAUGCUAAGCCUGUAAAACAACGGCAUUUUCCCGUGUCACCAGCCGUGGAGAAACUGCUGUAUGCCGAAGUGGAUAGGAUGCUCAAAUUAGGAGUUAUUGAGGAAUCUGAUAGCGCCUGGUCCUCUCCAGUUGUGCUAGUCCAGAAACCGGGAAAGGUUCGACUUUGCCUAGACAGCCGAAAAGUCAAUGCUGUUACACGAAAGGACGCCUAUCCGUUGCCGCAAAUAGACGGUAUACUAAGUCGCCUCCCCAGAGCCAUGUUCAUCUCGAGUCUGGAUCUCAAGGAUGCCUAUUGGCAGAUACCCUUAGAUCCGGAGUCUCGGGACAAAACUGCUUUCACAAUUCCAGGUAAACCUUUAUAUCAGUUUAAGGUUAUGCCGUUCGGUCUCACCAACGCGUCGCAAACCAUGACCAGAUUGAUGGACAAGGUGAUCCCUGCGGAACUUCGCAAUGAAGUCUUCGUCUACUUGGACGACCUGUUAAUUGUUUCCGAUAGCUUUGAGUCGCAUAUGAAGGUGUUGAGAGUGGUAGCGCAGCAUGUUCGAUUGGCUGGAUUAACGCUCAACGUAGAAAAGAGCAAAUUCUGUAUGCGUUCGGUGAAAUAUCUUGGUCAUAUCGUCGGGGAGGGUGUCAUUCGAACGGAUCCCGGGAAAAUUUCGGCCAUGAUAGACUUUCCAGUGCCGAACUCUUUGAGAGCCCUACGGAGAUUCCUUGGGAUGGUUGGAUGGUAUCGUAAAUUUAUAGCAAAUUUUGCGUCGAUAGCUUCCCCUCUCACUGACCUGCUGAAACCUAAGUGCAGAUUUGUCAUGACUCCAGAAGGACGUACCGCGUUCGAGGAACUUAAAAAACUGUUGUGCUCUGCGCCAGUUCUUCGUAGUCCCGAUUUUAGCCAACCUUUCUUUGUGCAUUGUGAUGCCAGCAAGUCGGGUGUUGGAGGUGUCUUAGUGCAAAAGACUCCGGAAGGAGACGAAUUUCCGAUAGCUUUUGUGUCGAAAAAACUUAAUAAGGCGCAAAGAAAUUAUUCUGUGACCGAGCAAGAGUGUCUGGCGGCGAUUGUUUGCAUCAAUCGUUUUAGGGCAUACAUAGAGGGACAGGAUUUUACGGUUAUCACCGAUCAUGCAUCUCUAAAAUGGCUCAUGACGCAGACGGAUCUACAUUCGCGGCUGGCCCGAUGGGCAUUGAAAUUACAGGGCUUUAACUUCAAAAUAGAACACCGGAGUGGGCGUUUAAAUGUUGUACCCGAUGCCUUAUCCAGAGUUAAUGAAGAAGAGUUGGCGGCCGUUGAUGUUGGUUAUGGACAAGCAGUUGAUCUCGAGUCACCAGCUUUUCAGUCCGACGAGUAUGUGGAGCUGGUAAGCAGAAUAAGGGCCAAUGACGUUAACUUGCCGGAUCUGAGGGUGGUCGAAGAUCGUGUGUAUAGGAAGUGUGAUUUCGCCACAGGGAGUACUCUUCAUGAUCAUUUUAUCUGGAAGUUAUGGAUCCCACAGAGUCUCAUUCCAGAGGUACUAGCCAAUGCUCACGACCAUCCCUUAGCAUCGCAUGGGGGAAUUCAUAAGACUCUAGAGCGAGUGCGACAGUUUCUCUAUUGGCCAAGUUUAGUCAAAGAUGUAAAAGCGUAUGUACUCGCGUGCGACACUUGUAAAGCAACUAAAGCACCGAACUCUGUCCAGCGACCCCCGUUGGGAGUGGCACCCGAGUCGCAGAGGUUUUUCCAGAAGCUAUACGUAGAUUUUCUCGGCCCUUAUCCACGUUCAAAAAGCGGGAAUAUUGGCAUAUUUAUAGUACUAGACCACUAUUCUAAGUUUGUCUUCCUGAAGGCUGUAAAGAAACUAACGGCUGAUCUCGUGAUCAAGUAUCUGCAGCAAGAUCUAUUCCACACUUUUGGCUUUCCGGAGACCAUCGUAUCGGACAAUGGCUCGCAAUUUAAGUCGGAAGUCUUCCAAAAGUUUCUCAAAGCGCACAAGAUAUCACACACGGCCACAGCAGUAUACUCUCCGCAGUCGAAUGCGUCAGAGCGAGUAAACCGAUCUGUAAUUGCCGCCAUUCGUUCCUAUGUGAGGUCCGAUCAGAAAAAUUGGGACGAGGAGCUGAGCAGCAUUUGUUGCGCCUUGCGAACCGCGGUCCAUUCUAGCCUUGGAACUUCGCCCUAUUAUAUGGUAUUUGGGCAGCAGUUCGUUAGCUCCGGGGAAACGUAUAAAGUUCUGAGAGCUCUUCGAUUGUUGGAAGAUAAAUCCCUAGUCUUCUCCAAGGAGGAUUCGUUGGAAUUGGUACGUAGCAAGGCCUUAAUGGUAAUGGAAAAGCAAAGGCAGAAAAACGAACGAAAUUACAAUUUGAGAUCAAGGGAGGUUUCGUACCAAGUGGGCCAAGAGGUGUUCCGGAGGAACUUUAAGCAGAGCAACUUCCAGGCUGGCUAUAGUGCCAAACUGGGCCCAGCCUAUGUGAAGGCCAGAAUCCGCAAGAAGAUAGGUAAUGCUUAUUAUGAGUUGGAGGAUCUACAAGGACGGUCUAUUGGGCGAUACCACGCGAAAGACUUAAAACAAUAGCUGAUCCGCGCAGUUUGGAUCCGACUUGUGUGAUACCACUAAGUCAGAUCUUCGGCGGGGGGUAUUUGUAACGCUUGGAUCAGCGAGAGAGCUAGUUCGCAGCGCCAUCUAGUGGUCGGCACCGUAAGGGCCGUGGUAGACCAAACACCCUCUAUGGGCUAGGUCGGGGAGAUCACGAAAAGUGGCAUAGGAAGAGUGAUAGAGUUAACAGCUUGGAUUGUCAACUUUCUCUGGCAUUUCACCCUGUCCUUUGAGAGGGCCCGAGGGUUGUAGCUUGUUGAGGGGCUUGGCUUCGGUCUCUUCCCGUUUUGGCGCUCGACCCGAGCGUUCGUUUUCUCUGUCAACAGCCAACAAGUAUUUUUUAUAAGUGCUAAAAAGGGAAAAAAACGUGUAAUCGCGGCGGGAGGAGAAGAGCUUCAGCAUUCCGGCAUUAGUUUUCCAGCCUAGGACCGGCCAUUGGCGCAGUGGAUACCGCAAAGGAGGAACGCCGCAUCGCCGUAUUUUCUUUGCAAAGCGGCCCGGAUCAGCUUCGCGGAUCCAAAGACGCGAGGCGUCGAGGAGAUCGAGCGUCCAAGGGACGCCAGAAGGGGUCCAGAGGAGCAGCCAAAGCAGCGUUGGAAAAAAUUGCAGGCCCAAGUACACGGGCACCGACGCCACGCUAGCGGGAGUUGAGUGGUUUUUGGGGAAGAAGAAAAAAAACUCAAUCGUCUUGUUGAAAAGCGAGCCAAGGCAGGGCUAUAUAGCGCAGCUAGAGCGAAAGCAAGAGCAGUCCGAGAUCUGGCGGGGUUUUUCGAGUGGUCUCGCGAGUGAUUUUUAUCGUCGGGAACCGUCCCAGGGAACGAUGGAGUGAUUUCGGAAGGGAGAAAAUCUAAAACUAAAAGAAACCGGGAAUGGCUGAGAUCUCUAGUAAUAAUAGGAUUCAGUGUUAAGUGAUUAGUGUUAAUAAUUUAAUGAGUUAAGUAAUAUUUCUUUGUUAGUUUUUUGUGCGUUAAAGUCUGCGACAGUCGGCGAAGGGCAGGCGAAAGAAAAGGAAGAAAAAGAAAGGGCAGAGAGAGCUUUUUUGUUGUACUCGAGUGGAAUGAGUCGCUCAAAGUGAGAGUGGAGCGAGCAAAGAGUUUAAUUUGUGAGUGAGGUUUUUUUUUGGUGUGCCUUUGAUUUACUCCCGAUUGGAGUUCACUUUACAGGUCCAAAUCUCCUCCGGGAAGCGCUUCGUCGGUGGAUAUGCGGAUCAUCGGGUGAGUGAGAACGAACAAGAAAAUUUAACCCUGGCAAUUCCACUCAUGAGAGAAAAGGAAAGAGAAAUUUAGAUAAUUACAUAAUUCCCCCUAUUGUUUGUUCCGUUUCUUCCCCCCUUUCGGUCUGGCUGUUGUACUGUCUUCAUACAUGAAUUCCGAGAUAAUUGUUAGUUUUAUUCCUCAUCAUUAUUAAGCAAUUUUAUUGAUAUUAUUUUUUUAUUCUUUUACUUUUUAUGCGUACUUUUUGUUGGGUUAUGUUUAGUUUUAGUUUAGGAAUCGCUCAGUUUUUAGUCAUAAUUCAAUAAAUUUUAUAAUGUUUUAGUUCACAGUUUUUUGCCUUCGGCUAGCCAAAUGCCCCUGAGGAUCCCAUAACGACGCAAAGGGGUCAUUCCAUAUAAAUUGCGACCUAGGAAUGGCCAAGGUAGGGAGGGUCAAUCCGCCCUCAACGAGAUCUGAGGCGGGGAAAAGCGUUCGGGGACAGGUCGGAGAAAGGGCCAAUUGUGUGUUCAAGCAAUUUUAGGUCCACCUUAACUCUCGUCGUAGCACGCAUAAAUUUUAACUUGUUAAUAAUGAGGAUAGGCAUCCGGUGAGAGGAGGGCAAGAUCACCACCCCAAUUAGCCGACGAGCAUCCCAGCCGGGAAUAACCGCGUGCGCCCUUCUCCCACUCCCCAACACCCAGCCUGGUU